AACUCAGAAUUUUUCCUAUUUAAAAAGCUUCUUCACUCAAAAGUUGCAGAAACCAAAAGUUUUCUUCUUCUGCUUGGCAAUUAUUAGUUGUGGAUCAUGUAAGUGAUUUUUUGGGCUAAAUGAUGAGCUCAAAACUUGUAGUAAGGAUUCAGCGGAAUCUGGCUACUAAUGCGGCUUCGCGUACAAGCCAUGAAAAUACAAGUUGUUCAGAAAAAUAUAAAAUUCGUGGAGCUAAGGGCAUCUUCAGGCUUAUAUUCUGGGCAAUUGGAAUUUUAUUGGAUCCAUUAGUGGUCUAUCUAUUUUAUUUGGGUGAUGAUAGAAAGUGCGUUCAAGUGGACAAAAAUUUUGGGACGGCAAUUUGUGUUGUUCACUUUGUAGUUGAUAUUAUUAAUAUAGUCUUUUACUCGAUUUUAGAGCUGCCUGCUGAUUUAAAUGAAAGUGCAUGGAUUCGCAUAUUACUCAUAUGUGGGAAUAUGAUAAUCAUGUUUCCGCUGUCACUGGAGAUGCUUAUUCUCAUUCAUCGAACAAAAACCCGCACAGUUUGGAAUAGAGUAGCACUUCUUCGAUAUCAAAUGGUACCGAGAAUAAUUCGACUGUCAAUAUUGACUGCAUACGGUUCUUCAUCAUCAAACUUGGCUCUAUGGGCGAUUAAGCUCCUUUAUUCAUACGUGUAUUCGGGUGAAGUAAUUGGAUCCGUUUGGUAUGUCCUAGCCAUAUACGCAGAGGCCAGAUGUUGGCAGAAAGCGUGCAGGACUCACAAAAGUGGAUGCCCUGAUCGAGAGUUUCGUGACCGUUUCUUACCUUGCAACGAAAGUUCAGAAGCAUACAAAAUUAUGAAUGAUUUUUGUUCAAGAAAUACAAUUGAGUAUGAUUUUGGAGUAUUCCGUGACGCCCAUCAGUCUGGAAUUCUGGAGAUGAGAAAUUUUUCGCUUAAGCAUUUGUUUUGUUUUCGAUGGGCCAUGCAAACUAUCAGUGGUUUUGGUUCGAACAUUGGAACAGCUAGUACUGACGUAUCUGGAAACAUCUUUGUACUUUGUGUAAUCUACAUGGCAGUGAUUUUGUUUUACUCUCUUAUCAGAGAAAUGCAGUCCGACGUUGAAAGACGAAAGGAGAGACAAAACAGGUCGUCAAAUACUUCUUAAUCGGCUUCAGACGAACCCGCCCACAUCAGAGCUGUUGACAAAUUCAAGCAUAAGCCAGUUGUACCCCGCGUGUCUGUUAGCAUGUUUCUAUGUUCAAGUUUGUUCCUAUUCUUUAGAUAAUGAGUGCCAGUAUUUUGGUCAAAGUUGUUAAGAUAGAGUUUGUUUUUCAUUAGUACGUUUUGUAAGGUUUAUUUGAGGGCCUGACUUUGAAUCUUUGAU